AUGUCACCCCAUAUAAGGGAAUCCAAGACAGUCUUGGAUUCUGGAUUUCAGGUACUGGAUUCCAGUUUUUGUCAGUGGGCCUGGAUUCUGGAUUCCAAUCGUUAGUGGGAUUCCGGAUUCCAAAGCCCAGGGUUCUACGGGAUUUCCCAGAUUCUGGAAUCCAGAUUCCCUUACAUGUGGCAAAUGGGUGAUGUCGCGGCACCCUAAUUUACUGAGGACGACCAGGAACAAGCAAGCUGUCACUUCGACUGCUAGCCAUUUGUCAGAGCGAAUCAGGGGAUUGUGAGUUGUGUAACUCCUCUGACAUGGCCCACCCAGAUAAGCACUAGUCACUUGCGUGUCAAAAUUGUAAAUCUGACGUUUGAACAAAUCAAGUACGGUAUGUGUCUGUUGACACCUUGCACUUAGUUUUCUGGGACGGGUUGUCAAGUUGUAAUUCUUGGUCCUGGUCUCCAGAUCUUAGCUGGGGCCCAGUCUCCUUUAUACGGGUGGUUACCAAGGAGUGACAACGUAUUAUUUCUUGAACUUUCUUGAAGAAAACGAAGAUUUAACGUACGCCAAAGGGUAAAGGAAAUCAAUUAAGGAACCGAAUAUUGUUAUUUCAAAGAAUGGUGUGACUAAUAAUUAACGGUAAGCUAUUUGUAGAACCUUAUCUUAAUGGUUUUGCUAGGUAAGAAUGCGACACCUAGGCUGUUCUUUCUCUCGUCACGACACUGAGGUGCUGGUAACCUUUGGUGCUUGUAAUAAUGUGAAGCAUUCGAGAUUGAAAUUUUUAUUCAUGGGCUUGAAGAGUUUUAAGGUUUAACUACCUAGUAACUGUCAACAAACAGUUACACCCAUAAACCUCUUUUAUGCAAGUCAGUUGUUUCGAAUGAAAGUUACAAGUAGCCAUAGUUCACGUAUGUUUAUCCUAUAUCAGACUAUGACAGCAGGAAUGACUUUCUGGCUAUACUGAACUCGAAUUUUAAUUCAAUUUUUUCUUCAUAGCUGGGCGCUAUGUGGCCCGGAAAAUAUCUUCAGCAUUUUCCAGAUCAGAUACACGAGCACAGCAAUCUCCAAAGGCUUUGGAUCAGACAAACUCUGUACCUGGUAAAUCACAGAAAUAUGCACCAGUUACUACAGACAUUGACGGGUCACUAGUGUCUUCUACAGAGCAGAAACAAAUGGGCUUUUCUUAUGGAGUGAUUAGCCAUGCAAAUGGAGAAGAAGGAACAGCGCGGCAGCGAGUGACCUAA